GAAACGAAACUAUAGCGAUAAAAUGUUAGCAACUUAGCAACACUUCUUCUGCCGCUCCGUCGGCCACUGUGCUUCUCUCCACGAGGUUUUGUCGCUUGAGUUAUAUUGGUUACAUUCUCAGGGUGUCCUGCAAGCUGGAAAACAGGGAGUUUUGAUGUGACUGUAAUAGUCAGAGGAUUAUCAGAGAAUUGCUAAAAAGGCAGCUGAAGUCAAGGAAAAUCGCACACAAGCUGCGCCACAAUGCACCGCGAAUCAGUGAAGCUCUCUUCGGAGCUAAAUCCUGGAAUCGAGCUACGGGACUCCUAUGUGGUCACGCGCCCAGACAGGGACCCAACAGCAGCGUCCCACAAACUGCGUAACCUGGCCCUCUCACUAGCCAAGGAUAAUAUUUCAACAGGUAGCGUCAUCGUACAAGGCUUUGAGAAGCAAUAUACGGUGCCGCCAUACACGGAGACAAUGCGGCAGCUGAAGGCAGAACGCCAAAAGGAACAUAAAAAGACAAAGGGACCCAACUGGUUUGGACUUGGAGCGCCUGAGAUAACGGAUGAACUCAAGAAUGACCUGGAGGUCCUGCGCAUGCGAGCGGCGCUCGACCGAAAGCAGUUCUACAAGAAGAAUGACCUCAAAGUCCUGCCCAAGUACUUCCAGGUUGGCACGGUGAUGGAUAACGCAACAGACUUCUACCAUGCUCGCGUUCCAAAGAAGAACCGAAAACGUACGCUCGUCGAGGAGUUGCUCGCGGAUGUGGAGUUCACGAAAAAUACAAGCCUUUCAAAGGAGUCAAGUAUGUCACAAAGGCAGGUUGGUUUCAAGUCCAAACGAAGAAAGUGAAGGACUUGCGACUGUGCACAAGGGCAACCUAUUCCUCUAUCCUUGGUCUAUGUCUUAACGGCAUACCUUGACGGAUGUCUGUGGGCGUAUUACAGCAUGAUGUUCACGAUGCUGCUAAAGUAAAAAUGAUUGUACUGAUUGUAUAUAGUAAACCAGAGCCUGAAUUAUAUACUUUGUAAUUGA